UGCCCGCCUCAACUGCGGCAACACGGAAACCUCCACCCCAUUUCCCCACCGAAGGGAAAAAGAAGAAAACAAAAAAUACUGCUGGCCUGGCCCACGACGGCUGUUGGUAUCUAGUAUUCGUUCGUCGUAGUGUAACACGUACAGAGUCACGAGAUAGAGAGACUUGACUUUAGUUCCACAAAAACGCAUUUUUUUUUUUUGUGUUGUGUGUUUCAAAAUUUCUUUGUGCGCUGCAAAAGUUAAGCGAAACAGUUUUCGAACGGCGCUAAAAGUUUAAGUUUCUGUUUUGUUUAGUUUCAUCCAGAGUGUGCGAUGAGCCGGAUCAUCGAACUGCCACUUCAGUCUUGUUGUUGCCCAAGAGCAGCAACAAUAAAAAUCGUGCGGUGAAUCGCUUUAUCUUCCCCACUAUCAGAAGACAUAUCGACGUGUUUCCUGUAUGUGUCGUGUUUAUGUGAUGUGCUUCUAGUGCGAGGAAACAGAUGUUAUGACGUCAGUCUAAGUUGACCGGAAACGAAAAACAAAAAUAAAGACAGUCGAGUUCGAAGUGUAAAGGAAAGAAUUAAAACAAUCAAGACGUUAAACGUGCGCAAUUUCAAGAAACACACAAAAAAAUGAACGCCAACGUUCUUUACGGUGUUUGCAACGGUGACGGUGGCGUCGGAGUCGGUUACGGCUCGGCGUCCAAUUACGCCACCGAUUUGGCAGGAUCCGUCUAUGGCGGCGUUUACGGAAGCGGUUCCGUCAGUUCAAACAGCGGCGGAGGAUCGUCAGGCCAGGCCUCGACUCCCGAAUCGAGCGGCCCGACCGGUGGCGUCUUAGGCACCGUCGGCCCGCCACACUACCUAAGCCACCAACAGCAACAACAACACACCCCCGAUCCUCGUACACCUCCACUCACUCCGCACGAUCAACACACAAACGCGGGACUCCUUCAAACAGAUGUCGGAUCGGGAUCGGGAAACGGACUUUCCUACACUAAUUUAGACGCAAACGGCUACGCCACGGCAGCAGCAGCAGCCGCCGCCGCCGCCACAGCCGCCGCUUCCUACCACCUGAGUCCGCACAGCGUGACGGGCAUGGGCCAGCACUCGAUAUCUUCAGUGUCCGUCGGUAACAGCAGUGCCUACCAAACGGAUUAUUCCGGCCAGCACCACGGCUCGCCCAACCAACACCACCAGCAGCAACUGCACCAACAACAACAGCAGCAACAUCACGCCCAGCAUCAGCACGGAAUACAACAGCAACAACAACAACAACAGCAGCAGCAGCAGCAACAGCAUCACCAUCACCACCACCAGGUCCAUCAUCAGAGUCAUCACGGACACCAUCACCAUCAUCCGCACCACGGACACCACCAGGUCCAUCCGGCCAUGACGGGCCACGUCGACGGCAGCGUCGGCAUCAACGGCCUAUCGGCGGCCGCCGUGGCCAUCCCGACGGGCGCAACGGCCGGCUACGGCUACCCGGACGUCACCCAGUACGGAGCUCGCACUCAUCCGGCAGCAGCGGCUGGGCAUUUUAGUUCAUCUGUUGGACCGUACGGCGUCGGCGGGCCGUCACUUCGUGACCAAUGCCAGGUCAACGGCAUGCUCAACUUGGUAGGACUUGGAGCGGCCGCAGCGGCGGCUGCCCAGGGCCAGCACCCUGGCCAACACCACAAUCAACUUCAGGGGCAGAGUGGUGGAGGUGGCGGUGGCAACGGCGGAGGUGUCCAACCCAAUCUCAAUCACCCCGUCCAGCAACAACAAUCUAACGUUCCAACCUACAAAUGGAUGCAAGUCAAACGGAAUGUACCCAAACCCGUUCCUCGACCAGAAUAUGGAUUCGGAGGUAGCAGUCCGAACUGCGGCAACGGUGUUGGAGGAUUGGUUGGCGGAAUGGGCAGCGGUUUGCCUAGCGGUUUAGGAGGCCUCGGAGGCGGCGGUGGAGUUGGAAGUCCUGGUGGAGGCGGAGGUAACGGUAGCGUCAGCGGCUUAGGAAGCCUCGGCGGAGCCAACAACACUGGCCGGACCAACUUUACCACCAAACAGCUGACCGAGUUGGAGAAAGAGUUCCACUUCAACAAAUACCUGACGCGGGCGCGGCGGAUCGAGAUCGCGGCCGCUCUCCAGCUCAACGAGACGCAGGUCAAGAUCUGGUUCCAAAACAGACGGAUGAAACAAAAGAAACGGAUGAAGGAGGGACUCAUCCCACCAGAACCGGCACUUUCGUGCACAUCACCAUCGGCACCGUCGCCCGUCACCGAUUCCGAGAGCAACGCCAGCGGUGGCGCACCCUCUAAGAGCGAAUCACCGCCUACGCCUCUCUAACAAUCCCAACACGAAUUUCGAUCAUUUCUUUUUUCUUUCAUCACGCACCCAAAAUAGAAAACUUCAACGUUAAAAUGGGAAAAAAAACAAUAUAUAAAUAUAUAUAUAAUAUAAAAGCUCGACCCAUUCACUAAUUCUAUCGUCUAAUCCCAAUCCUCUAAAACAAAAAAUAAUUCAAUAAAAAAUGUUCAGCACAUGCAAGAGAUACACUCUGAUCGAUUUAAGCAAUUCCCUGCCACAUACACAGCAAAUGAGAUUCCUAAUUUUGUUUUGCAAUUUUUUUUUUGUGGUUGGGGAUUCCUGUUUAUUAUUUUGUACCGGUAUCAUAUUUUUCGUGGAGAAAAAAAAAAAAAAUAACAAUCACAAACCCCUUCCGUUUUUUUAUAUCGAUAAAAAAAAUGAUCGAUAGACGCAAGAAACGCGGAACAAUUCCCAGAUAAAUCCAACACACAUUAUCUCUUUUUUUUUCUUUUGCAUGUAAAAACAAUCCUAGUCUUUUGGGGUUCACUUUUCCUCUUCUUUCAACUUUUCUUUUUUUUUUCGAUUUUUGACAACAACAAAAAGAAAGACGUACAAAAAGAAAACUUGUACCACCUCCGGCAUAAUAACCAUUUGAAAAACAAAGAGCCUAAAAGAUAAUGUUUCACAAUAAUUCUUAUCUCUUUUUCAGUUUCGAAAAAAAUUAAAGAGAUAAUUUUCAAAGUUUGUUGUUAAUCAGACAACGUCCGGUUCUCUUUUCUUUUUCAACAACUAAGACCCUUUCCUUCAGUUGGAAAAGAAAAAAGAAAAAUUGUUUUGUUUCUCUUCCCCUGCACCACAUCGCUAUUUUGCGUUUUCCAUUUUUUCUUUUUGACACCUGUUUCUAACAAAAAAUUGCCCAUGCGCUUUUUUUUCGUGUGUGCGAGUGCUUUUGAAAUGACGAAACCAAAUACUCCCCCUACCCCCCUAAAAUCACCAAACGAGAUAUUAUUGUACGACACGAGGACAAAAAGAAAAAAAAAAGAAAAACUUUGAAAAAAAAAUUUAUGCAACACCACAACCUUGUGUAACCUUGACUGCGUGCAAAAACAAAAAUUCUUUGUAAACACCAUGUUAUGCUAUUGGCUCACUAUACUAAAAACAAAAAGAGAUUAAGAGAGAUUGAACAUUCCUUCUAUAUACUUGUGUGUAUGUCUCUCGUGUGUCUUGGUUAUAUACCCUCUGAUAAAAUUACUCGACUAUUAUGACCCACCACUCACAGACGAAACCAUUAGAAAAAAAAUGGAGAAUUUUUUUUACCAAUUUUUCAAAAAAAAACAAUCUAUCUUUUUCUUUCUUUUCGUAUAUCUUGUGUUUUUAAAACUUGUAUAUAAACUGAAAUUAUCUUUCCUUCUGACAUAAAGGCAAAAAAAAAAAAAAAACAAACAAAAACAGAACAAAAAAAAUACCACACCAUGUACCGUAUAUGUAUCAUGUUGUAAUAUGAUGUAAUGUAUAACAAAAGCAUCCAAGCCGGUAUUACUAUGUAUUAUCAUCAAGCGAGAUAGUAUUCAUUGCAAUGAUUUUUUUUCCUGAUUUUAAUUUCGUUUUCGUUUGUUUUUCUACUUUUUUUUUUUUCUACGGGAGGAAAAUUUAUUCCAUCUAUUUAAAAAAAAAAAAAAGACUCCUUUGUUUCUUUAGUUAGAAAAAAACAAAAGGGCGCAAACUCGACACACGAAAAAAAAAUAAGAGCACCUUGUAUAUCUUUCCUUGAGCCCUGUCAAUCGCCCUCCCACCCCCCUAAAAUAAUGGAAAACAAAAACAAAACACGAGAAA